ACCACUUCUUCGCUUUCCUUCCACUCUCGCUGUUCCACCUGACCGGAGCCGGAGGAAGAGGAGGAGAUCUCCACCGAGAAGAGGCGCGGCGGAGGAGGAAGGCGCGGCAGGACAGCAGCGAGCGAGAGAUCGAGGCUGUGGGGGAGGGGAGGGGAGGAAGAGAUGGAUCCCGACGCGGUGAAGUCGACGCUCUCCAACCUGGCCUUCGGCAACGUCAUGGCCGCCGCCGCCCGCGACUACCAGAAGGAAAUUGUAGCUAAAGAUAAGGCCCAAGCCGCAAGUGCAAGCCAUGAUGAAGUUGAUCUUGAUGAGUUAUUGGAUGACCCAGAGCUUGAGAAGUUGCAUGCAGAAAGAAUUGCUGCUCUCAAGAAAGAGGUUGAGAAGCGUGAAGUGCUAAAAAGGCAAGGUCAUGGUGAGUAUAGGGAGAUAACUGAAGGGGACUUCCUAGGAGAAGUCACUGGCAGUGAAAAAGUCAUCUGCCAUUUCUACCACCGUGAAUUUUACCGUUGCAAGAUUAUGGAUAAGCAUUUAAAGGCCCUUGCACCAGUCUAUUUGGGAACUAAAUUCAUCAAGCUUGAUGCUGAAAAUGCUCCAUUCUUUGUCACAAAGCUGGGAAUCAAAACAUUGCCCUGUGUGAUAUUGUUCAAGAAGGGAAUUGCUGUUGACCGGUUAAUUGGGUUUCAAGACCUUGGCGGUAAAGAUGAUUUUUCAACAAGAUCAUUGGAAAAUAUACUCAAGAUGAAAGGUAUAAUUGACGAAAAGAAGAAAGAUGAGGACGAUGAAGAUGAUGAAACCGAUAUGUCAAUGAACAGAAGUAUUAGAUCUUCGACUGCUCAAGAUUCUGAUUCAGAUUGAAUACGAAAUGAUCUGAUCCUCUACCCUGUAACACAAGUUCCUUUUGUACUCUAGCUCUCAUAAAAUCUUUGUGUUUACGUAAUAUGUAUUCCAAAUUGUAUCAGCCUGGUUAGGAAAUGAGGGAUUUGAAAAUGCAAUAGCUGGAUCUACAAAGGAGUGCUGCCUAGUUAGCUUUUCAUUCACACUGCCAAGUUGGGCCUAUGUGUUAUCACUUAUCAAGUCGGUAUGGUUUGUCCAUGCAGCAUUUUUUUUUUGUCAUGCUGCCAAAUUACAGUUACAAUGCUUGCUUGGUUGCCAAAUUACUGUUUACAAAAACGAUGGAA